UCAGUGCGCUCGGCCAACGGCCUCUGAGAGCGCCCAUCCGAGCGCCCUGGGAGCCGGCGGGCGGCGGCCCACGCCGGGGACCCUCCAGCGGGCCCAGGGGGACAGAAGUGGCUCUAAAUCCAGCACAUGCUUAUUGAAGCAAGUUAAAGGAUUUACUAUGAAGCAUAGAAGCAGAUAAUGCCAAAUAGCAAGCAGUAGUUGGUACACAUUUAGUGAGUGGGGCAGCGUUUCCUUCUCCCACUGCUGCAGAGAUGGCGGAAAUUAGUCGAAUUCAGUAUGAAAUGGAAUACACUGAAGGUAUUAGUCAGCGAAUGAGGGUCCCGGAGAAAUUAAAGGUAGCACCACCAAAUGCUGACAUGGAACAAGGAUUCCAAGAAGGAGUUUCAAAUGCUAGUGUGAUCAUGCAGGUUCCAGAGAGAAUUGUCGUAGCAGGAAAUAAUGAAGACAUUCCAUUUUCAAGACCAGCAGAUCUUGACCUUAUACAGUCAACUCCCUUUAAACUGGCACUAAAAACACCACCUCGUGUGCUUACACUAAGUGAAAGACCACUAGAUUUUCUGGAUUUAGAAAGACCUCCUCCAACCCCUCAAAAUGAAGAAAUCCGUUCCGUUGGCAGGCUAAAAAGAGAGCGCUCUAUGAGUGAAAAUGCUGUUCGCCAGAACGGACAGCUAGUCAGAACUGACUCCAUGUAUGGCAUUUCAAAUAUAGAUACAACUGUUGAAGGAACUUCAGAUGACAUGACUGUUGUAGAUGCAGCUUCGUUAAGACGACAGAUAAUCAAACUAAACAGACGUCUACAACUUCUGGAAGAGGAGAACAAAGAACGCGCUAAAAGAGAAAUGGUCAUGUAUUCAAUCACCGUAGCAUUCUGGCUGCUUAAUAGCUGGCUCUGGUUUCGCCGCUAGAGGUAACCUCGGCUCUCAAAAAUAGUGUUUCAACAGCUGGACAUAUAAAGAAUUUGCAAACGUCUUUGUUUCUGUCUGCAUUGUAUGCCGUUUUACAGUCCAUGCCCUAAAAAUGUGUUUCUUCCAGAAAGGAGGGGGGAAGGACUUAUAUUUGCAGAAGUAAAGGUAUAUUCUGUCACUCAGCUGUAUUGGCUUUUAACAAAUUCUGCCAUAACACCUACUUAAAAUUCCCCUUUUGCAUGUUUUAUAAAUAGGCUCUAGUUUUUUGGUUGGGUUUUGUUUUUUUUUAAGGAAUUUUUUUGCCUCAUCAGUCUGACCAACUAAUUCUCUGAAUGAGGGAGUGUAUAGAGAGUGAAUUUAGAAGUGUGUCUGUAAGGGGGAAAUAAUACCUUAUUUUGUCCUGUUGCUCAAACACCGUUGGACUAAACCGUUCAGUUAAUAGAUAUUUUUGCAUCCACAUUUCAACAUGAACACUUCUGAAGUCAUAGUCUGGUGUCAGAAUUAAUAAAAUCAAGUUACCUCAUGUUUCAUGAUCACUUUCAAUAAAGUAAUUCCUAACAUUUUCAGCAGUUUACCUAAUAUGUGUAUAAAAUGCACGUUUUCAUUUUUAUUUCAGUUUUGCAGAUGGUUUUCUUUAAAGUACGUUUUUACCAAGUCCAUGUGUGAACGAUUUAAAAAAACCACAGAAGAAGGUACAAAUGUAGUGUAUUUACUUAAUAAAGUGCCGACCAAAGCUGUGUUUGUC